UCGACGUCGCGUCGCGUUGAAACACAGGACGCGUCUGCGAUAUGUGGCGUACACAUGCGCCGUUGCGUCGCGUCGCGUCUCCCUGUUUUUAUCAGGGUUAUGCGCCACCAGCGUUGCGUUUUAAGACGCUUGUCAAGUUAAUAAUAGUUUAGCUUUUAAAACGUUUCUUGAGCUCCCCGAAUUUUUUUCGCGAGCAAGAGUUAAUGAAUCGAUGUGCGCGCUUACAGUGCAGCCAGUUUUGUUUAUUAUAAUGAUGGUCGCGUCCACUGUAGAUGGGUUGUAGGAUGAUCAGACGUGGGGAGGGUUUGGCUGCCCAAUGCGCCAAUAGACGCCAAUGGCUUGAAAAGCCGCUUCUGUGUGCAUGAUAGUAUGAAGACGCUGCGACUCUCAGACGCGUAGAGAUUUCACACAGCUGCGAUUACGAAAAUAUUCCGUAGGUAUAUCUGAUAAUAAAUGGACAGACCAGGAGUAGAAGCAUUCGCGAUCCACUUGUCACCAAGGGCAAGCAAUUAUUGGAAAUAAUGGGGAAUACAACACCCAAACCACUGAUAGACUCCAGCCUACAGCAUCGCCCAGUGGCCAGUCGGCAGUACUGUACUGUUUCCAACAGUGGAGUAGAGCGCCACACCUCUGCCCCUCCAGUCAGCAUCGGGUCUCCCCGUUUUCACCCUCAUGCCAAGGGCAAAAAUAUACGACUGGACACACAACUGCGCCGGGCCACCCGGAAGAACAGUUUCUGCAAUGGCAUCACCUUCAGCCAGCGUCCUGUGCGUUUGUAUGAGAAGGUGCGGUUGCGCUUCUCAGGUGUCCACACAGGCUGGAGCGGAGCUCUACGCUUUGGUUUCACAAGCUUAGACCCUAGCAAUCUUGUCUUAGCUGACAUCCCCAAAUAUGCUUGCCCUGACCUGGUGACACGGCCAGGAUACUGGGCCAAAGCCCUGCCUGAGAGGCUGGCCAUGCGGGACAGUGUUCUGGCCUUCUGGGCUGACCGACAUGGACGGGUCUUCUACAGCAUCAAUGAUGGAGAGCCCAUCCUCUUCCACUGUGGUCUAAGCGUUGGAUGCCUGCUCUGGGCCAUAAUAGACAUCUACGGAAUCACACAAGAAGUUACAUUGCUGGAGAGCACGUUUGCUGAGAGUGUGGGCACGAGCUGUCUGAGUAGUGCUAGACUCAGUGCCUAUCUUCCCCAGAGCAACCACGACUCGGCUAACUACAGCAACAACCAGCUAGAGAGCAGCCAGGCCGCAGCAGCUAAAUUUGCCACAUUAAAUCUCAGCAACUACAACCAACUCAUCCCCUGCUGCUCCACCUCUUCUGCACCCUCUUCUUCCACCUCCUUCAACAUACAGAGGGCUGCCCGCGGGCUCUCCAUGCCCCUUGAUGCUGACCUGCAUUUUCACCCAGUGCGAGGCCCUGACGUGGUUCUCUCAAAUGAUCAUACAGUUGCAUGUACCCACUUCCUGGACAGCAGCAGGACGUUGAUGUUCAGUGACAGGCCUGUCCGGGUUGGCGAGACUCUGUACAUGGAGGUGGGCCACCUAGGCUUACCUUACUUUGGGGCUCUUCUCUUUGGUAUGACCUCUUGUGAUCCAGGCACCCUCAAUGCUGGAGAGCUGCCAGCUGACCCAGAGGUGCUUCUGGACCGUAAGGAGUAUUGGGUGGUCUACAGGGGUUUUCCUGUGCCAGCAGCAGGCGAUGUGCUCAGCUUUACUUUUCUGGCUAAUGGGGAGGUGCAUCAUGGGGUCAACGGAGGGGCACGUGGUCGUCUUCUGUGUGUUGACUCCUCUCAGGUUCUGUGGGCCUUCUUCACACUGCACGGAGCUGUGAACCGGCUCAGAAUAUUAGGAACUGUUCAGGCCAGCCCUCCCACCUCCCCUUCAGUGUCUCAGGUAUCAACGCCUGAUGACAGUGACUCUGAUCUGGCUUUCACUGUCAACAAAUCCUCAUCAGCGUCUGAAUCCUCUCUAGUGACGGCUCCCAGCUCUCCUCUCAGUCCACCUGUCUCACUGAGUGUUUCCUCAUCAGACGCAGCCCUGAGCAGCAAGAGCAGUGAGUGCACAGUGUGCUUCGAUCAGGAGGUGGACACCGUCAUCUAUACGUGUGGACAUAUGUGUUUGUGUAAUGACUGUGGACUGAGGCUCAAGAGACAGAUCAAUGCGUGCUGUCCGAUCUGUCGGAGACCCAUAAAGGACGUCAUAAAAACCUACAGACCAUAAAGGGACUAAAACAUUUUCUGUCAAAUGAUUCAGUGCAAAACUUUGGUAGCUGUGGUUUAAUAUCUGGACUAAACUCAUAUUUAAGAUCGUUUAUGUAGCUUUGAUCUGUGUAGCUUUAAGCUCUUGUCCAUAUUUCUCUCACCUCAUAUUUUAAAAACAGAUCAUCUGAAGCUGAAGAUGAUUCAUGGUUUGAGAAUUAAUCUCAGUUUUGAUCUGAUAUUUCUAGUGCCUUUAACAUUGUUUAUCGUUCCUCAAGCAGCACCUAAUGAAUUAGACAAUCAUAUCUGAGAUGUAUUGCAUGAGUAUGAAGAAAUAAUUAAGAGGGACCUCAAGAUGCGAAGGAAAACAUUUUUUAUUGUGUAAGUAAAUAAUACACAGGUCUAUAAAUAUGUUUUUAUGUUAUUUUAAAGGAGUAAAAGCUAUUGUUCGUCAGAUUGCAAGUGAAGAAAGAUUUGCAUUAUGACAGUUGAAGGGUUUGGAGAUCUGUUGCACUUGUAACUAGAGGUAAACUCAGCACUAAAAACACAUCUGUCCCUCUGAUUGAAGUGAUUUCAGAUGUGGAUCUUGAGGACUGCAUUUUAAGUAAGAACAAAAAUAAUUUGUUUUUAUAAUAGAGUGAUAUGGUAUUGUAUUGUAUUUCAUGCCCCCCCAAGAAGAUGGCUUCUGUUUCUUGGUUUGUUUGUUUGAUUUGCAAUUUAUGACAUGGAGAAUCUGUCAUUUUCUUCUUAGAAAAUGUUUAAACAGAUUAAACAGGUUUAUUCUGUACAGUAAUCUUUUUUCUUUCUGGACUGUACACAAAAUGAAUAGUGUUGCAUAAUUAAUGUAGAAAUUUCGAUCAAUCCCAUUUUAAAUGCAACUAAAUGUUCAAUCCAAUGAGUAUCACAGCUGUUCAUCAGGGUGCAUUAUACUUAAUAGUAGCAUAAGAAGUGCCAGUGGUGAUGAUGAGAGAAAUUAUAACAAACUAUUUACAUAAAAUCAAGUACUCAUGUAGAGGAUCAUAUACUACCAUCCAUUUAUCAUCACUGUUAGUCUUCUGUCAAAUGUAACAUGUAAAAAUGGCAGUGACCAGACAAAAUUAUUUCCUUUGGUUGACACCAUGAUUUAAACUGGUUACAGUUGAAUUUGAGUUUCAUAUUAUUGUCAAUAAAAACCAGCCACAGUUCUGAA